AUGACGCAAAAUCGUGCGCUUGGUUGCUCGGAGGGGAAGAUGGCGGCCAGCUUGGGCCGGUGAGGCUCCUGUGGUGGAUAGAGAGGCAGUGGAAGUGGCGGGAAGGGGCUAGACGGCAGAGACCGCUGAGAGGGACUCAAGGCCAAAAUCUCCACCUUUAACUUGGGCUAAGGGGACCCCAGCCCAGAGACUGGACGUAUCCCAGAAGGAAAACAUCACCAUGGCUACAGAAAUUGGUUCUCCACCUCGUUUUUUCCAUAUGCCACGGUUCCAGCACCAGGCACCAAGGCAGCUCUUUUACAAACGACCAGACUUUGCACAGCAGCAGGCAAUGCAGCAGCUCACUUUUGAUGGGAAACGAAUGAGAAAGGCUGUGAAUCGGAAGACGAUAGACUAUAAUCCCUCUGUGAUAAAAUAUUUGGAGAACAGAGUGUGGCAGAGAGACCAGAGAGACAUGCGGGCAAUUCAACCUGAUGCAGGAUACUACAAUGAUCUGGUUCCCCCCAUAGGAAUGCUGAAUAAUCCUAUGAAUGCAGUUACAACCAAAUUUGUUCGGACAUCUACCAAUAAAGUUAAAUGUCCAGUAUUUGUUGUUAGGUGGACUCCAGAAGGGAGACGGUUGGUCACUGGGGCUUCUAGUGGAGAGUUUACCCUGUGGAAUGGACUCACUUUCAAUUUUGAAACAAUAUUACAGGCUCACGAUAGCCCAGUGAGGGCCAUGACCUGGUCACACAAUGACAUGUGGAUGCUGACAGCUGACCACGGGGGAUAUGUGAAAUAUUGGCAGUCCAACAUGAACAACGUCAAGAUGUUCCAGGCACAUAAGGAGGCGAUUAGAGAGGCCAGGUUUAUACACAAUAUACCAUUUUCUGUAGUUCCUAUUGUCAUGGUUAGACUGAUCUCUAAAUGUAUGCUGGGUGCAGAGAUGCAUGGGCUCUGUCAGAUUCUGGGAAACUUUGUGCACCCUAGAAACACAAUAUUUUCCUUUGUUUCCACAUACUCAACAUUUUGCUGGCACCUUCCUGAAGUAGUAUUGUCCCAGUAUCCGCCUCUGCAAUAUGUUAGAGAUGUAUUGUCUGCCGCAUUUUGCACUGGUAUUCUUUUCUUCAUAUUUAUGGUUUACAAUGUAUUUAAGUUAUUCCUUUUUGAUGCUCAUUGUGUAAGACAAGAAUAUUUCAUUCCAAAUAAAGAAUUCAGUCUUUAAUAAUCCAAAUGAAUAAAAUAUAAAGCCUACAGAAAUAAAACACUUACAUAGUUCUCACAAAUACAAGAAAAAGGCUUAAGUGAAGAACUGGUUGGCUUGGUUAUUCCAAGACUUCAGAUACGUAUUAAUAUUACUAUUAAAAAAAACCCUUACAGAUAUACUCUCUGGUUGUGAAAAACAUUCAUGGAUUAAUGAAUGGGUUCUUCAAGCUUUGAAACUGUAAGCAAGCAAACUGACAAGAAGACUGUAGGACAUUUCUCCUGAUUCAUUGUUGAUACAUCAGUUAUUGAAAGUGUAUUUUUUUUUUUAAAGUAGAGUUUCAAGUGAUAUUUUCAGCAAGUUGUAAAAUAUAAUUUUUCAGUAUGUACAGUAAAACUGAAGAAAUGUUUCAUAUCUGAAUCUGAAGAAUUGCUGCAGCCUCAGAAUAAAGCUAUGCAGCAUUCCUUUAGGUUGGUGCGGCCCUUGUGUGGUAGAAGGUUGACAAUGUUACAAAAACAACACCCACAGCAAUCAUUCUUCUUCCCUUUGUAAUUUAUGAAGUAGUCAGAUAAAUUGUACCUGUGCUUAACUGUCUGGUUUAGUGUCAUAUUCAUACACAGAACUGCCACAUUAGUUCUUAGUUAUAACAGUGAUGCAUUUGAAAUAAAUUAGUGAAAUUUGCUAACCUUUAAUUGCACUGAAAUGGAAGUGACUGCCUUCAUUUGCAGGAGUUAUUUGAGCUUUAAUCACGAUUCUCAUGUUUCCCUAUAGUUACACCAUAGGAAGUAGUUUCUGUGGGGUUUUCUAGGAAGGAGACAGGGGACCUCUUCAUUCAAACACUCAUAUUAAUAAGAAACAUUUUACAUAGGACUGCUUAGCAAACACUAUACAACUGUCUUCCUACUUCUACUUACACUUUUUCCAUAAAGACAUAGUAUUAUUCCUACUUGUUUCACAGUGGCAUAUUUUCAGAAAUAUUGCCACCUCUAUAAUUUAGUUCAGCUGUUCAUUUUCUCUUUCUGUCUUUUUCUGUCUUCCCUUCUCUUCCCCUUCUACCUCCACCUUGACCCUGCCUUGGCCCCUUGGGUUUUUUUUUGCCAGCACCAAAGGAGAAAGCUUUAUUUUGGGAACAUAUGCAAAAUUAGUGUUAAGAGUAAAUUGUUAGGUCACUUUUUAAAAUAAAUUCUGAAAAUAGAGGAUUGAAUACUAGGAAGCAGGAAUAAAAUAGUCUGCUGAAUUCCUCUUUUGAUGAAAUGUGCCUUUCAGCUGGAACCAUUCUCUAAGGGCACCAUUGUUGGAUACUUUCCCUCUCAUCCUGUUUAUAACGCCAUACAGUAUUUUAUUUUGCCCUGUCUGAGAAGCACAGAUAAUCUGUUAAAUGCUGACUUCUUUCCCCUGCUGUGUGUCUUCAUGUAACAGUUUCUCACCCACGGAUAAUAAAUUUGCUACAUGCUCUGAUGACGGAACUGUUAGAAUCUGGGACUUUCUACGUUGCCAUGAGGAAAGAAUUCUCCGAGGUAUGUGUACCAACAGUACUGAUUGGAAUUAUUUAAAUAGGGAAGACACUUUUAGCUAAGUAAUCACAAUACAACUCUUCUCCAUUCUACCUUUAAAUCCCUAGGUAUAAUUUUUUAAAGAAAGCAGACCUUUCAUUGAUUCACAAUUGUUUUAAAGUCCCACUUUCCAGAUUACUAGUAUUUUCCCCAUAAAGCUAGUUUGGUCAUGGAGUUGAGUAUAAGGAUGUUUUCACAUUAGUUGCCUUUGAAUAUGCUUCUUAAGGGGAUCUGAUCUCUUCCUGUCUCUUACUGAGAGUGCCAUUUUUAUUAUUAAUAAAUACUGAACAUCAACAUGCUGCUGACAUUUUAUUCAGAUUCCUCACAUCCUCAUGGCAAUAACACUUUUUAGAUAUACUCUACUUACAAAUUUUAUUGCUUGACAAGUUUUAUGUUCCAUUAACUACACUUUUCUGUAAUGAUGCAUAAAUUAAAGCAGUUUUUUUCCAUGUACCACAUUUGGGCAACACAUAUAUUUCUUAACCUUUUUUAAUGGGCACUCCUAAGUUUGGAGAGCUCUCUAAGCUAUUAUUUUUGUGAAACUUAGAAACUACUCUUCCCUGUAUGAAUUACUCUUAUUUCUGAAAUCCCAUAAUAGUUUUGCUUAGAUUAGGCAGACUCUAAUAUAGAGACCAAAGAGGAUGAUGGGGUAACUGUAAUAUGAAAGAUAAAAAUUAAAGAUGAAACUUUUCCCACUGCAUUGUGUAUAUUGUAAUAGAUCCACACAUUUACACAGACACACAAACUGGAGCAUAUAUGCUAUAUCUUGUACUAGUUGGUUGUGACUCUAGGCCAGAAGUUUUAUUUUUCAAAAAUAUGGCCUGAACCUAUUUUGUGUUAAUCAACAUGGUCAAUAAAAGUACUUCUGCACUCUUAACUCUUGGUUCUAGUAUACUACAAACUUAGAAACUUUCCCCAAUAAAUAUAAUCAUGAAUAAAUAAAAAAACUGGGCUACAGAAAUUGGUGUUCAAGAUUUUCAUUUCUGUUCAUAUUCACAAUAUUAGUGUAACUAACUCCCUUGUGAAUAGUUAAGAUAAGUUCACCAGUUCCUUUGUAGUAUAUAAUGUUGAUAAUAAUUUAAACAAGGGAAAUGGGAUGGUAUUGUUCUUUUUUAUCGCUAAAAUCAUUCAGUUUUAUUUUUUCUUAUUUACAGAAUAAUAGUUAUGUAGCUAGAAUGAGGACAUAGUAAUUUACAUAUCAUAGAUACCCUAUUAUAACUAUACAAUUGUGAAAUUUUUCAGGUAAAAAUAAUUCUAGACAUCUAAACCAUUCCCCUUAUUUUGGCCCUGUAUGUUGUGAUGUGUUCAAAUUCACCAAAAUAAUUCCUUAUUGGUAUAGUACAACAGAAAGGGUGCUGCAUUUGGAUUUGGAAGACCUGGGUUCAAAUCCUGGUUUUGCUAUUUAAGCUGUUACCCUGGACAAAUCACUUUAUCUUCUGUUUCAUCACCUGUAAAAUGAAGGAAUCGGGUUAGGUGGCCUCUGAAAUCCCUUUUAAGUUCUAAAUCUAUGAUAAUAAGAUCUCGUAAGUUGGAAAUUGAAUCCGAAUCUUUGGCUCAUAAACUUUUCCCCUUAUAUUUUGUUAUUCUUUCCCAUCUUUUUUCUCUGCCAGUAGUGCUUCUAACUCUUAAAUCAUAAAUACAAAACACAAGCUUUUCUUGUUGUUAAGAUUAAAAGAAAAUGGGAAUUACUUUUCAAUUAAGUGAAAUAUAGAAUAUAAAACUAGAUUUACUAUACUAGAACAGCAUGGAAGAAAGAUAUACUUUUUAAAUUGAUCUGUACUUAUGACUUCAUCAGUGGAAGGAAUGUCAUAGAUAACUUUCAUAGAUGCAAAUAAGCACGUGGUCUACAAGUUAUUUUUUAAUCUUUUUUUUUUAACCUUUCUCUUAUAAAUUAGAAUUGAUAAGGCAGAAGAGCAGAAAGGGCCUGGCAGUUGGGGUUAAAUGAUUUGCUGAAGGCCACAUAGCUGGGAAGUAUCUUGAGGCCAGUUGAACCCAGGUCCUCCUGAACCUGGCACUGUUUACUGUGUUACCUAGCUGCCCCUAAAAGUUAUAAUAUUAGAAGAAUUGCUUUUGACAUCAAAGAGCUUAAGGACCUAGAGUAUGUAUGAGGUAGGCCUUCAACUUGGGUCUUUCUGAUUCUAAGUUGGCAUUCUAAAUGCUAAACUAUGCUUUUGAUAAAACUAUUCUGUUUCUAAAGAAAACUGGCUACUUUAAUUUCAUUUUUAUCUAGUGUCUCCAGUUGAGUUUUCUCCAACUUUGCCAUAAAGUAAGCUAUGGUAGAGAUUAUGUUAUGCAGAAAUAAGAAUGGAAGAUUUUGAUGUUUUUGUUUUUUAAUUCUAAUUUAUUACCAUGAAAAUUUUAAAAUUGAUUAAAAUUAAAAGGUAAUUUUGAAGUGACUUUGCUUCUAGUCAUAGUUUUAUGAUUUGGCCUUAAUGUCCAGUUUGAUGAAAUCAAGGUGUAUAAGUUACCAGUUCCAAAGGCUGUAAAUUCACCUUUUUAGUGUCAAAGUGACCUGUUCUUUUUUUAUAACAACAACUUUUUGUAUAUUAUGCAACCAUGUUUAUUCUUGAAUUUCGUGGUUUAUUGUCCCUAGCUUUAGAUUUGUUGGGGCUCUUUGUUUCAGGGACAGUGGCAUUCAUUUGGCCACAGAGUUUCAUGCUGAUUUUUUUUUUUUGGUGCCCUUUUAAAAUCAGCUUGUGCUGGUGCAAAAGGAAAGCAAAUUUAUAGAAAUGAUAAACUUUAUUUUUGUUUAAACCCUUACUUUUUCCAUCUUGGAAUCAAAAGUAUAUAUUGGUUCCAAGGCAGAAGAGAGGUAAGGGCUAGGCAAUAGGGGUUAAGUAACUUGCCCAGGGUCACAAAGCUGGAAAGUAUCUGAGGCCAGAUUUGAACCUGAGACCUCCCAUCUCUGGGCCUGGCUCUCAAUUCACUGAGCUACCCAGUAGCCCCUGAAAAAAUAAUCUUUAUUUUCCAGAUUCUUUUAUUAAUCUAGCCCUCAAAGAAGGAACAAUAUUUCUAAUUUCUGACACAUAAAGUGCCUUGGCUGAUCCCUACUUAGGCAAAACUAAUCGGAACAAUGAAAAAUUUGUUGAAUCACAUUUCUCUUACCAGAUGGUACAUAGUAUCAUAAAUCAGCUAAAUGCUCAGUCAUGCAAAUCAUAUUUGUUUAAUAAUACACAUUUAUUAUAAUGUUUCAAAACAUUUAAUACUGAAGAGAAGACUAUAUCAAAUAUUUGUCUAUCUGAGUAGUAACCAUUUUGGAGAAUUUGAGUUUAAAAGAACCCUUUACCUUGUUCUAAUUAUGUGUUUGACUCUAACCUAAGUAUACCCUUACUUUAUAUCAGAACUCUUUAUUCAGCAGAUAUUUAUUAAGAUUCUUCUUUCUGUUAAUUGCUCUUUAGAAUUAAGAAUUAUUAUUAAAACAGUCCUUGUCUUCAUUGAACCCUUAAUAGUCUUUUAGAGAUGUACAGUACAUUGUACUAUACUGCAUUUCUAAUGUGAUAAUUUCCAUGUAAGUGAUACAGACAACAUAAUAUAGGGGUACAAAUAUCAAUCCUUAAUCCAUCAGUUUUAUCUGAAAUGAAAAGUAAAAUGAAUGGACGAAGCAAUAUGGAAUCUACAAAAAAAUACUGAAACAUCUAUAAUGAGCAGUUAUUGUGUACUUUUUGCAUCUGAAUAACACAUGUAAAAGAAACAUUGUACUGUGGAAACAUUCAGAGUAUAUAGGACAUAGAAUUAUUGAUUAUUGAAUUUUAUGUAUAUGUUAACUUUGUGGAUCAAAUACCUGAGUAAAUAAUUUGUUAAUUACUUUGCCAUAAAAUGGAAUAAGGUAAUUUGCUUAUACGUGGCAUAUGAGUGCAUAAUAAAUAUUUAUUGAAUUAAAGUAGUCUAAAAUAGAUCUGUUAGAGUAGGAAACUAAAUUAUAUGUUUAUUCUCUAUUCAGUGAGAUGGUUAGGAAGAAAUAUGGAGAAUUAUUUGUUAACUAGAUAAGCUUACAGUAUUUCUUCCUGGAAUACUUUCAAAUGAAUACUCUUAUUAAAAGUUCUUUAUGAUACACUUCAAUUUCUGUCUCCAUUUUCAGGCUCAGAUAUAAUUUCUUAGAAUCAAGGUGUAGACGUAUAACUUGGUAUAUGUUUUAAGUAAGGUUGUAACCAUUUUGGAAAAAUGUUGAGCUCUGUUUGAAAUUCAUAUCUGAUGUUUUGGGGCCUCCUUACUAUACAGAUUUUCUGCUUUUGGCCUUAUAGUCCAUGCAGCUUAUAUUUUUUACUGUAGUUUUAUAUAACAAGAAUAAACAAGUCCUUCUUUAUAUGGGAAACUGAUAAGUUUUUAUUGGUAUAGAUAGAUACUUCUAAUACAUAUUUGAAAAGUUUCCUUAAAUAUUGUAAAGAUACCCUCUCAUAUAUCUUUUAAACUUGUUGAUUGUUCAUUUUUUACAAGUUUUGUGGAAAAAAAAUUUGAUUGACCUCCUCUCCAGAUCACUAGGAAUUCUGAAUUUUAUAUGUUUAAAAAAUAAUCAGAUUUACUUUAUUAUGGCCUUUACUCUUUUAUAAUUGGUUGAGAACCAGUGAAAAAAACAAAUCUUGGAAAAGAGGGAAUAUUGUAUUGCUCUUUUGAUAUUUUCUUUUGGCUGUUACAUUUUUUCUGUGCCAAAUAAAUGUAGUAGGGAAUUUUACAUUUCUUCCUUUUCCUUACAAUAAAAAUGUUCAAUAUUUUGUUCUUUCAUA